UCGGCCCCCGGGAGGGGACCCCAGAGCCGGCCCCGGUGCUCCCGGCCCCGCGCCCCGGUGCCCCCGGUGCUCCCGGGCACCCCGAAGUCCCGGGGAGCCCCCCCGGGCUUGGCGAUGGAGGAGGCGCAGCGCGCGCGCUCGCACACGGUCACCACCACCGCCAGCUCCUUCGCCGAGAACUUCUCCACGGGCAGCGGCAGCUUCGCCUACGACCGCGAGUUCCUGCGCACCUGGCCCGGGCUGCUCAUCGUGGCCGAGAUCAUCCUGGGACUGCUGGUGUGGACCCUGAUAGCAGGAACAGAAUAUUUCCGGGUGCCUGCGUUUGGCUGGGUCAUGUUCGUAGCUGUGUUUUACUGGGUCCUCACCGUCUUCUUCCUCAUCAUCUACCUAACAAUGACCUACACCAGGAUUCCCCAAGUGCCCUGGACAACUGUGGGCCUGUGUUUCAACAGCAGCGCCUUCGUCUUGUACCUCUCAGCCGCAGUGGUGGAUGCGUCCUCUGUCUCAACGGAGAGGGUCAACCACAACUUCAACAGCUGGGCAGCGUCCUCGUUCUUUGCCUUCUUGGUCACCAUCUGCUAUGCUGGAAACGCAUACUUCAGUUUUAUAGCCUGGAGGUCAAGGACCGUACAGUGAUUUUUCCAUGUUGAGAAUCAAAGAUGGAGAAAACAAAGACCGGAAGAAUCUCAUUGUAAAAACAGCUGUAGGUAUAAUGUAUAUUCCCAGAGACUUGUAUUUAACUCAUGUUUUUAUGUACUUAAUUAAAAGUUCUCACAAUGGUUUGUUGCAGUUAAGCUGGAUAUUUCUUUGUGAAGUUCUGUAGCUUAUAACGAACUCCUAACUUACUUUCUCGAUGUCUUACUUUCUUAGACAGUGUAUAAAUAAAUCACUAAACCUAUGGCUGUAUGACAUUAGUAAACCUAACUUUGGAAAUGCCA